AUGAAGCGUCUUCAUAGUGAAAAGAAAUUUGCUACGCCUCCAACAACAGUUGUUCCACCCGUUUCAGCUACUCUGCCACCAGCAUCUCUGACUACACCUCCACCAGCAGUUACACCAACCGUCUCACCACCACCAGCUCCAAAGGUUGCACCAGUUAUCAGCCCAGUAGCUCCGCCUCCACAACCACCACAAAGCCCGCGUGUGCCAGCUUCAACCGUCUCACCACCGCUUGCACCAGCCUCUCCCCAACCGGCAUCACCACCACCAGCAACUUCUCCACCACCAGCUUCACCGCCUCUAGCGCUUACACCAAUAACUCUACCACCAGCACCAGCUCCUGCCAAGCACAAGAAAAAGCACAAACACAAGAGGCAUCACCAUGCCCCAGCUCCAGCACCAACUCCUCCAAGCCCUUCAUCUCCUCCAGUUCUAACAGAUUCCCAGGACAUGUCUCCAGCACCAUCACCAUUUCAGAACGCGAACGGAGGAAAUGCCUUGACCGAGCUAGAAGGAAGAGUAGCAAUGUGGCUCAGCACCGUACUGGGAACUCUCCUCCUGAUGGCUAUCACAGCCUAAAGUCUCUAGCUUUCUUCUCACUAGAUCACCUAUGUAUCAACUCCAAAAGCUACAUUUUUCCCCAUUGUAUACCAAACACAUUUGAUUAAAAAAUAAUACAUUUUUUUCUUCUCUAUUCUUUGCAGAAAAUAAAAUCAUAUCAAAUUUGAUCAGUACUUGAAUCCUUGGAGGUUUC